AUGGCUACAAAUGACUCGUAUGGUGGAUAUGAACAAGAGAGAUUUGCCGAUAAAGUUCAUCCAAGAUUUGAAUGUCCUAUAUGUAUAAUGAUAUUUAAAGAUCCUGUUCAAUGUCCAAACGAACAUUAUUUCUGUCGCACUUGUAUCGAAAGAUACUUGUUAACUUCUGAUAAAUGUCCUGAAUGUCGAUGUCAUCUCACUAAGGAGACAUUAAAGACAGCGAGGUUCAUUAGGGAAAUGUUAGAAGAUCUUGAUAUUCGCUGUGUGAAUGCCAACCGUGGUUGUCCUGAAAUUAUGAAGCUUCAAUUUCUUCAACGUCAUGAGAAGAACUGUGGUUAUUCACCUACACCUUGUAGAAAUGAAGGUUGUGACGAAAUCCUUAAUAAAAACGAGAUUGAAGAACAUGAAAGAGAACGAUGUGAGUUCCGUCUCAUCGAUUGUGAAGAAUGA